AUGUGGUGGUUACUACUCGUGUUGAUUUUUCCUAAUUUCGUUUCUUCGAACACAGAAUGUUUAUGGGCUGCUGGUCGUAUUGUAUGUAAUCGUGAUCAGGCCUUAGUCAAAGAUACUGUUAUUGAGAUAUGGGACAAAGAUGGUCCUGAAAAGAUUGGUGCUGUGGAUAUCCUUGAUCCUGAUGAUAUGGCCGGUUUGUCUGUGGUUGACAAUGAAGAUGGGCUCUUCAGGGUAGAAGGCUGUGCUUCGGAUAUUGACUGGUUGGGGCCUUUUCAUCGCAAUCGACCCGAGUUUUAUUUGAAAAUUAGACAUCGUUGUCUUUCUCCCGAUUUCACCGAAAUGACUGUAAAGCCACCAGUGAAUACAUAUGCUCCCGUCACCAUGGAUUACUUCAUUGAUCAUCCCAUAGUUCUUGACCCAUAA